AUGUCUGAGGAAGAGAGAGAACUCCUGGCCCGCAUCAGUCAAGUUGCAGGCCAGAUCAACCGCCACAAGAGCCAGCAAUCAGGCCCUCGACCUAUCGCGAAUCAUCACCCGGCCCAUCAUCGUCAAAACUCGUAUCGACAUGCUAGUUCGCCGUAUCCGCCUCGUCACAAUAGAAUCGGACGACCGCCUGCGACGCACCAUCAUCGAACGCUCAACCUAAACAGCGAAAACUCGACGACUUCACGUUCUGCUAGCAGUGGUGCUGAAACACCUCCCGGCUGGAUUUCAAGGACUGAUCGCCACCGUCAACUCAUCAACGUAAACGUAUACGAAAAAGAUACGCAGAACCGAGCGAAAGCGAUUGAAGAGACGCGCCAGAGAAAACUCAACGGACACAGAUACCGCGAGAAAGCGAAGUUCAGCGAGUUCUUGAAACACCAAACUGCCGCCUCCAGCGCGCAGACUAACCCCGCAGGCCGCAACGAACUCACAAUCGAAGGCGUCCAAUUCCGUGUUAUGGACGGUGGCAAGAAGCUUGUCAAGAUUCCUGGUGCGUGCAAACUCGAGGGUUCUGUCACCACUUGUGCCUUACCUGUCGCAGAUGCACCCAACUCCUCCUCUCGAACCCCCAAGACGGCUAUUGUUGCUGGAGUCAAGUUUUACCGAACAAAGACAGGAAACCUCGUAGCAAACCGAUUUGUCAACGACCAGCGGCGAUCCGGCGCGGUCAAGAAGAUUAACGAACUUUGCAAAAUCUUCUCAACGACUGGUUCAUGCACCAAAGGUCCACGGUGCCGAUUCAUCCACAAUCCAGACAAGGUUGCGCUCUGUAAAGAUAUUUUAAAAGAUGGGCAAUGCGUCAACGGCGAGUCUUGCGAUCUCUCCCAUGACAUGACUCCUGAACGCACCCCCAACUGCUUGCAUUUUGCCAAGGGCCACUGCGCCAAGGCUGACUGUCCCUAUACUCACUCCCAAGCCUCCCCAGCAGCCCCAGUAUGCCGAAGCUUUGGCUUCAACGGGUAUUGCGAGAAGGGGGCAGACUGUACUGAACGCCACGUUUUUGAGUGUCCUGACUUUAGCAAUACAGGGCGAUGUAAGGUCAAGGGAUGCAAACUCCCACAUCGUGAAAGGGCAAGCGUCCUCCGAAACAAGACCAAGGCCGACGGCGAGCCUCUUGGAGAUAUUUCCAGUGACGACGAGGCUGCGGAUUCUGAUGAUGUUGAUUCAGAUGAAGUUGCCGAGUUUAUUGACGCAGAUUCGGACCUUUCCGAUUUUGAGGAACAGAAAGACUUCCUGUCGAUCUAG